AUGAUACAGGAAGUAAACAAAGCAGACGACGGGACGCUCAUGAGACCUCCCAUCCCGUGCCAUGACAGCUCGUCCAGGUGUGAUGUUGCUCUGGCAUGCAUGACCUCCACAUCUCAUCCCGAGGGCGUCAAGCCAGACAGUAACCCCCCCGGUGCCAUGGCUGAGGUGUUGGGACAAAGGAGCUUGUUAGGCUUUGGUGUGGUGUUGGCAUGGCUGGUGCUGUUCCACCUGCUGGUCAACAUCUGGCUGCUGUGCGUGUUCACCAGCCUGCUGGUGGUGCUUGGCGGCUGGCUCGGCUCGCAGGCCGUCCUGGAGUCCAACAGUGUGCUCCACCUGGAGAGGUUUAUCACCAUGGAGCAGGUUCCACCAUCUGUGGAGGAUGAACAUCACUUGGACAUGGAGAUCCACAACACUGUGCGGAAAAUCAUAAGGGACUUUGUCACCUCCUGGUACUCCACUGUGUCCUCUGAGAGUGCUUUUGAAACAGAGGUCCAGGAGGCCAUGAUCUCCAUGGCCAUGGAGCUGAAAAUACGCGCAAGACAGCUCGACAGGAAGGAGCUGACUCAGAGGAUCCUGGAUCUGUUCGGCUGCCACCUGCAGGACUACAUCAGAGCCAAGGAGCUGGUGACCGAGCAGAAAAUGUCUCUGACGGACAAGUGGAGCAAUGAAAGCGAGCAGCUGUGGAAAGCGUAUUCCAGCGUUACCACGCCUCAUCUUGCCAUGACCAGUGACACAGAGGAAGUCAACUACACCAGAGCAGUCGUAGAUUUAUUGCUGCACGUUUUGGUGCCAUCGCCUCACUUAGAGACCCGCACUGGACGCUUUGUUGUCGGAGAGCUCAUCACCUGCAACGUUCUGCUCCCUCUUAUCGCGAAACUGUCUGACCCCGAUUGGCUGAACAUUCUCGUGAUCGAAAUAUUCAACAAAUCCAGCCAACCAAAGGAGCCAGUUGCAACAGAGCCACUGGCUUCAUCGCCCCCGCUGCCGCCGCCACCUGCUGAAUCUGAGCCAGCUCCACUACAAGAGACAACACAUGUACCUCAAAAGAAUAAUGAAGUUCCCCCACUAAGAGCGGCGACCGAAGUGGUCAGUGACGCAGAAGUGGCCACGCCUGAGCUUGCCGCCUAUGACGUGAUUGACUCAGAGGAGGUGGACUGUUCACACAACAACACUGAAGAAGAAGACCCUACUCUACCCUUUUUAAGACAUUACAUGAGAGGAAGCAAGUCAAACCCAUUUUACCAGGAGAAUGACUCUGACUUGGAUUCUCCUCUGGCUGACUUCAAACGAAGCUCCAUUGACUCCCUGGUGAUGAUCGACCAAGACGAGGGUCUGUAUGACAGGCAGAAAGAAUGUGCCACAUCUGUUGACAACAUUGGUGUGGACCUGGAGGAUGUUUGCCCCAGUCCGAUGGACGGCUCCUGUCCUAAGGUCCUGGUGAGUUCAGAACCAGUAAGCCAUCCUAAUGGCUGUGACCCCUCAUCAGCUCGGACAGCAGAGGGGACUCCUGGUAACAGCAGCCUCCAGGACCUGGAGAGGGAAGGUAGUUCUCCUUCAGUAAACCCAGCCCGAGAGCUCCUUCUGGGAGUAGAGCAGACUGGGCUGGGGAACACCAACGAGCUGACUGUAGUCAGUCCGCUGCAGGGCUCUUCCCCGAUACCGUCGUUCAGUUUCGAGCCCCUCAGCAGCCCCGAUGGACCAGUCAUCAUCCAGAACCUCCGCAUCACUGGCACCAUCACAGCUAAGGAGCACCGCGGCACUGGCUCACACCCCUACACUCUCUACACCAUCAAAUAUGAGACGGCGAUGGGCUGUGAGAACCCAGGAGGCAUCCAGCCAGGCUUUGAGGAUGCUGACGUUUUGCCGUCAGGUUGUGAGAAUCCGUCACCCAUUCAGCCAGUAGCCUAUCACAUGGUCAACAGACGAUACAGUGAGUUCCUCAACCUGCAGACACGGCUGGAAGAAAAAUCAGAGCUACGGAAACUCAUCAAAGGUGUGAAAGGUCCAAAGAAAAUAUUCCCAGACAUGCCGUUUGGAAACAUGGACAGUGACAAGAUAGAGGCCCGGAAAGGACUUCUGGAGACCUUCCUAAAGAACCUCUGUGCCAUCUCUGAAAUAGCCAACAGUGAAGAGAUGCAGGAGUUCCUGGCUCUCAAUACAGACGCCAGGAUUGCCUUUGUCAAGAAACCUUUCAUCGUGUCACGCAUAGACAAGAUUGUAGUGAAUGCCAUUGUGGAUACCCUGAAGACAGCGUUUCCUCGUUCAGAACCUCAGAGCCCAACAGAGGAUAAUGAGACAGAGAUGGAUGCAGCGAAAAUAAGUUCUGACAAGAAGAGCAAGUCUCGUCUGAAGUUCUCCAGUAAAAACGUCCCCUUCAUGAACGGCUCAGACAUUAGACCGCCAGUUUUGUUCAGCUGGGAGAAAACUAGUGCCGUGUUGAAUGGGAUGUCUUUGGAAGAUUUGCAAGUCUUUGUCAGCGACCAAGAAAAACUGUCCAUCAGAGCCGAGUCAGAGAAGGAGGACAGUCCAGUAAUAAAACAAUUCGGAGUCUAUCUGGAUGAGAGCUUUCGAGGAAAGCAUGGUCAGGAAACUGCCUCUGAGACAGCGCUGGCUGAGGUGGCUCUGAACAUCCUGUGUCUGCUGAUGAAGGAGCAGUGGAGCUGGCUGUGCACUGAAAACAUCCAGAAGACCAUCAGGCUGCUGUUUGGGACCCUUAUUAACAGAUGGCUGGAUGUGAGCAUAGCCAACCUGACAUGCACCAGGUACUGGGUGGUGUACCUGCAGGUCAUACAGGAGGCCGUGUGGCCAGGAGGAGCUCUGCCUACGGCCCCUCGACUUGAACGCAGCCAGCAGCAGAAGGACAGCACCAGGCAACAAGCCUUACAGUGUCUGAUGAGACUCCUACCAGAUCUGGUCUCUGACAUGUUGGGCUCAGACAAGUACAAACUCAGCUGGCAGACUGCACUGGACUCUUUUCAAGACCCCUAUAUUAACAGACAUCUGGUCUACUGCAUAUUUGAUCUUCUGCUUGAGUUCCUGGUUCCUGAAAUACCUGAGGAGGACUUCCAGAGGAGCCUGUUGCACACGCUGUCCAAGAACCCCGAGAAGCUGCUGGCAUGAGGAGAAAACCCACAGGAACAACCCAGCUUCCAUUUUCCAUCAUCCUAACUGAUCAUUCACCACUGAUGAAUUGCUGAACAGCAGUGUGACAGCGAGGCUGCUCCUGUUCUACUAAUCUUCUGCGAUGAGCGUGUAAGUGAGUGUGUCUGGUGAGACUGAAUAUUCUGUGUCCCCACUUUAAACUCGUGAGGUCCCUCAGUCCUGUCUUUAAUUACGUGUUGAUGUGUUGACAUGCGUGGGUCUUGAACAUGGUAUCUAGUACACACACACACACACACACACUUCUACACAAACUACAUUUGAAGCAGCUUUGAUUACAUGAGAGCACCUGGUUUGUGUUUGAUCUCAGAAUGUGUCUGAAUGUGUUCAGAUCUAAACAUGUGGCAAAGUCUCCUCCAAUCUCCCCAUCAGGCCUCUUCCUGCUCGCUAAACUCCGCGGCUUUGACUAAACUCACUUCAGAUGGUCUUCACACUCUGCCCUCAUCCCCUCUCGCAGGUUCAGGGUAGAAAAACCCACACCUGUUGCUCUACUCUGGAGAAGCAGGAUUUGCUUUUCCCCCUAACUUAAAUCUCAAAAUGCUCCGUUGGGAUUCAGCAUCACUGUUUCUAUUCUCCGUUGACCCAUUCUUCAGUAUCCCACUGGCUCUGUAUCGAGCUGCACAUGUGAUUCUGACAUAAUGUGAGCUCUACUCCUUAAAUCUGAGACUUCCUGAGGGAUCACAUGUCUCUGGCAGUGACUUUUUUUAACCUGCAAAUGUCCAGGUGUAGGAAAGGAACAUACUGUAGUGUAGUGUGGUGAAGAGUUGGAUGUAAGACAUUUUACUGGCUUCACAGAUGCGUCACAGUUCCUUUAACAGGCCCCUCGGAGAAUUAUCUGUGCAGUUAAUGUCUAAAUCAUACAAGAACCUGGCUCCACAGAAACAGGUAUAUGAAGGAUUGAGGAAAGGCGUUGGUCAAGGUUCAUUCGGCAACGUAAACAGUGAACUGCUGGAGUCUCACUUACUUUUGGUUGUAUCUGUCCAUGCUGUCAGCUCUCUAAAAUGUCUGCUUCCAUCCAAAUACUAUAUACUUUAAUAUGUGGUGAUCACAGCUUUUUAAAAAUAGGUUCGAAAAAUUUAAGAGCAGUGAGUCCAGAAGUAGGACUAGGCAAUAUAUCGAUUUCAUGUCAAUAGUAGGGAUGCACCAAUUUUGAAAUUCUGGGCCGGUACAGAUGAUUUAAGGCUGCCCCCAAGAAGUCGACCAAACGUUAGUCGACUAGAAAGGUCAUUAGUCCGCAAACAUGAAACUCUAGUAAGAGCUGUGCCUUGACUAGACCAUGUGGGACUUUAAUUUGAAAGGACAGACACAGGAAGUGUCCACGCUCAGCAGUCAGACAGGAGUCAGGUUAAUUUCCAGGGCUGGUACCUGCGGUUAUUCCACAGGCUAGUUAAUAACAUGUCGGGCAGGAAAUCCAAAGUGUGGGAUCAUUUUGAGAAGGUGAAGGACGAACCCAAGGUGAUAUGUAAACUCAUCUUCAUUGGUCGACUACAAACAUGACGUAUCAUCUGAAACAUGGAAGUAGCUACAUGCCCAUUAGCCCACAGCGUCAUUAACAGGCGGCUCGCUCAGUGUGUGACGUGCACUUGUAGAUAAAAUAUAGGCUUAUAUUAAUGAAGGUUCAUUAGUACGGUUUGUAUUUCUCUGUAAUGUAGCACAGUGUUAACAAUGUUACUGAUACUAUUCUUUCUCACACCUUCAACUCAAACCACCAAAAUAUAUCAUUUAAUCAUUACACUCAUAUCGUAAACAUGUGGGCAAUUAGUCGACUAAUGGCCCUAAAUGAUGACUGUUGGUCGACUAGGAAAAUUCUUAGUUUGGGGGCAGCCCUAUGAUGUUUAAUCGAUCCUUGCCACCUGAUUAGCCAAAUCAGACAUAUUCUGAUGUCUAUAUAAUCAAUGCUUUUUCCCUGGACCUCCACCUUUGCUGCCUGAGGACAGUGAAGUCGUGGAGUUCAAUAGCUGUGGUCAGUCAUCUGCUAGUCACAUUAGCAACCAUCUGAAGAGAGUUUAAGUGGUGUCACAACACAGUCUGCAGUCAUUUCAAACAUAUUCUUGAAGGUUUUUGCAUUUUGGAAAUCUGCCUUAGCGUCUUACUGCCUUCACGGUGACAACACAGCAGUCACCGCUUCUCUCCCAGCUGGACAGACAUAGAACGGAAAACUGUUGUAGUGUUAAUUUCACAACACAGAUGAUCCCCCUCAUAUCUCUACCACGGUGUAAUGUCUUAACACACUGUCUUAAAAUUCUGCUUAGUUAAUCUUCAGUUGCAGCUGGCCAGAAUGAUGAUGUCAUCCAGACUAAACCUUUUCUGGCAUCUGAGAGUCCAAAAUGUUCUGACUAAAAUUUGGAGAACUAGUAAUGUGAAGUUAAGACGGCAUACCUUUGUAAUUUAUUUUUAGGAGGAUGGAAUGUAAAUGGGCUUUAUUAAUACUCAGUAUUUUCCCAUUUGACAUAUAUCCAAUAUGUCUCCUGUGACUAAAUCUGCACAUUCGGUUAUGUCAUGUGUGUUUGUGAUGCCAAGUCUGAUAAAUGUUACAUUCCAUUGUGUAAGUAAAAAAUGAUGCUAAUGUUACAAUCAUUCCAGUGUUUUGCACUCAUGUCCUGGUUAAGUGGUCUUAUCCUUGUCUUAAAGGGAUCGUUCAGUCUUUUUAAGUGGGGUUGAAUGGAGUACUUACCCGCGGACAGUAUAUUACAUACAGUAGAUGUCAGUUGGCAUGCCCCGAGUUUGGAGAAGCAGACGGGAGUCCGACACGGGAGCUAAGCAAUGUACUGUUGUGGAGGGGUCAGCAACAAAAGGUGUUCUGUCCACCUAAAAAAAUCAUUAUCAGUUUAAGUUCAAGCUAUAUUAAGAGUAUAUUCACUGCUUUACCUUUCUGUCAGACAUCGAUUUCCAUUGGUAAAAUGAAGCCAUUGUAUCGCUCUCUUCAAAGCCAGACUCCAUUGUCAAAAACAGCGAUUUAACAUUGCUGAAUACAAGAGCUGCUGUUAUUGUGUGACCUUGGCAUUUAAAACAGUUAGUUCGGAUUCACCAAAGUCACACAAUACCACAAACUAAUUGACUGAUUUAGGGAUUCACCGGAUAUUCGGUAACCGAAUAUAUUCGGCCGAGUAUUGCAAAAAAACACACAUUUGGUAUUUGGUGGAAUAAGUGAAAAGCAAGGCUGAAUAAUAGCGGCGUGUUUUGAUAACGCAAUCAAAAAGCGUGCGGUGACGGACGGAGUAAAAUGUCGGCAGUGUGGCGAUAUUUUACUCCGUCUGUCACCGCACUCGCAUUUGUGACUAAAAAUAGUUUUGUGCGAGCAAAAUAAAUCAUUCAGCACGCUGUGUGAGUACAGAUUUCAACCAGCAGCAGAAACG